CUGAGAGUGAUAAAGUGACCUACAUGCUUAGUUCGGGGACGCCUUGGUUGUUGUGGACCCACCAAACCUAAUCAAUCGGGGCCCAUCCGCGUUCCCUCCUGAGCGUGCAAACCCGCCCCGAAUUUCUCUCCUCCCAUUCCAGCGCCUUCUUGCCCUUCUUCCGCUCUCUGAUCUCAACCACACCUUUCCUCUUCCCACCUCAUUUGAUUUGCUUCCCAGCAGCAAUCCGACCAACGACGCCCUUUUUUUUUUUCCAGGCCCCUUUCCCGUUGUUUAACCCGCAUCAUCGACACUCGCUUAAGCCAGAAAACCACCGUUCGUUUAACUGUUGUUAUUGAAAGAGGAGGAUAUUUGAAGUGGAAAAAAAAACCAACAGCUACGUUCUGAAGGGCGGCUGGUAGUCAACACCACUCAUACCAGACAUUGUUGUUGCGAAUUUCCACGGCGAAAAAAAAAGGGGUGGCCGCACCUCGAUCCAGCCCUAUCGCCCUUGACAACCCAACAAUUCGAACUUUGCAACCAGACAAAAUACCAUCCUCUGGAUCAACUUGACUUUCUUGUUGCCGGAUUUCGAUCAGUUAAAGACGACAUAAUCUUGCCCGGAAACCGGCCCACCUCCCUCCAGCGUUCCCUCGAAUCUCUAGGAACUCACUUCCUCCCUCGUAAUCAUGAAGGCUGCUCAAUCACUCGCUCUUGGCCUCGCCGUUUUCGCUCCCCUAGCUUCCGCUUGGCCUAAAUGGCUUCCGGAUGUCGAUGCCCUGGUUGUGCGCCAGAACGACGAAUCUUCCGCACCCGCCGCAACUGAGACUCCCGCCUCCAGAACAGGGGCCACGGCAACACCAACUGCCACGGGGACCGCAGAGGGAACGAGGACGGGCGGUGCGAGGACCACUAACCUCAACACUGCUCAGGGUUCUACGGGGACAGGCACAGCGAGAGGUACACAGACGGGUACUGGCACCAGGACCGGCACCGGCCAGUCCAAGUCGACUGCCUUUGACGAAACGGAUCCCCAGGGUUCUGUUGUCAUGAUUACACCGGCAGCCACGGCACAGUCUAUCAACCUGUACAAAAUCGGAGACUUUGUCACCUGGGGAUGGAACUACACGAACCUCCAGGCCACGCCCACCGCCAUCGACGUCCUCGUUUCCUGCUCUUCCAUGGCCCAGACUUGGACGCUCACCCAAAACAUGAGUUUCGCUCAGCCCGCCUCUUUCACCUGGGACUCGAGCGUGCAGAAGACCGACGCCUCGGCGCCGCUGCGCAACGACGAGUACACCCUUAUCAUUUACGAUGCUGAAUCGAGCGUCAGUGCGACUGCUGCCGCCGGCUACUUGGGCGUCUCCAACAGCUUCAAGUUUGGCAUGUACUUGCCCAAAGAAUACGAGCCCCUGAACGAGUGGAAAUGCGCAGUUUGCAAGUCGGCGGCGCCCUCUUUGAACAGCAAGGCAAUUGGUAUGGCUGUGGGCAUGAGCAUGGUCACCGUCGCCAGCUUUACAUGGUUCGUAGCGGGACUCGGCAUGUUCUAAUGACUUGCUCUAAUGACGGAAUUUCCCAACUGUAAUCUUUGGAUUGAACAUUUCUUUAUUUUAUCCCUCAGGGGAGGAGGGUUUUAUCACAGGAGCGAGGAGACGAAUUGAGCGGUAAUCAUUCACGGCGGUCAUUCACACAAGGGCGGCGUUACAUGUCGAAGCAUGGUCGGGUAAAAUAUGACUCCCAUAUAUAGGUAAACUCGGAUGUUCAUGAGUUGUCUUGAUAUAUAGCUUAAUUGACGACACUGGCCGACAGCAUGGUCAUAUGAACCAUCUUUA